AUGGCUGAGAUUAAAAUAGCCCAACUUUUAAAAGCAGGUGUUCACUUUGGACACAAAACACCUCGUUGGAAUCCUAAGAUGUUCCCAUAUAUUUAUAUGGAAAGAAAUGGAAUCCAUAUUUUGGAUUUAGUUCAAACAUCGCAACUUUUACAAGAAGCUUGUGAUUUUGUACAAUUAGCUGCCGAGCAAGGCAAAACUUUUUUAUUUGUCGGCACGAAACCCCAAGCUGCAGAAUUAAUAAAAGAAGAAGCCUUACGUGCAGAUUCUUUUUAUAUUAAUCAUCGAUGGUAUGGUGGUUUAUUGACCAAUUGGCAGACUGUAAAAGGGCGUAUCCAAACUUUGCAUACGCUUGAGGCACAAGAAGAAACGAUUUUUCCAACCUUGCCAAAAAAAGAAUCUGCUUCGUUACGUAAAGAAUUAACUAAAUUACGUUCACAAUUGAAUGGUGUUAAAAAUAUGUCUGGUGUUCCGGAUAUCAUGAUUGUAAUUGAUCAAAAUUACGAGUUAACAGCAGUUCGGAAGCUAUAA